AUGACGACCAUAAAAUACCUGUUGGAAGAAACUGUGGUGGAAGUGAAUGCUGUGAAUGGAAAUGGUAUCACGGCAUUGGAUAUCAUAGAACAUAUGCCAAUUAGAGAUUUAAAGGCCAUGGAAAUCAGUAGAUUGCUUAUGCAAGCUGGAGGCCACAUUGGCCACCAACUGCGUGAUCAUGGUAGUGGUCAUGGGGAAAUAUUAGUAUCACAGCCACCCUCGCUGGUCAAUGGCACGUUGAGGCCCCCAACAAACAAAGAUGAUUGGUUAAAUAGAAAACGGAAUGGCUUGUUGAUAUCCGCAACUGUUAUUGCAGGAAUGGCUUACCAAUCUGGGCUUACCCCACCUGAUGGGCUUAAAUCAAAUGGAAAUUCCUAUAUGACUAGAACAGAAUUUCAAGUAUUUUGGAUUGCAAACUCAAUAUCUUUUGUUGCUUCUCUGACCAUAAUGCUUUUGCUUGUAAGUGGGUUACCAUUGAAGAAUAGAAUUGUGAGGUGGAUGCUACUGGUUGCAAUGUGGGUGACAAUAACAACCUUGGUAAUGAGUUAUUCUUCUUUGAUGACGGCCAAUUCGGGAGGACAUAUACUUGGGCCUAAAUUCAAUGCACGUGCCAUUGUCAUUGGCAUAUGGGUGUACUUAUGCUUGGGCCUAAGUUUCAUAGUUUUCCUUGUCCAUACUUGUCGCUUCAUCAGUUGGAUCAUCAGGAAAGUGUGCAAAUGCAUAAACAGGAAAAACAAAAAUGAGAUUGAAGGGGGUCACCGACAAGGGCAAGUUCAAGUUUGA